GGGUAGCGAGGUAAGAUGGGGACCUUGUGGAAACCGAUAAUACAAAAAAGCUAGAAUGAUGUUUAUAGCGCCAUCUAACGGCAUUUACCAGUACUUUUCAGUGUCACAAAAGAUCUGGUCGAUAGUGAGCACGUUGCGCCUUGAUCAUGGUUCGAAAUUACAAACGAAAAACUAACAGAGGAGUUUGGAGUGAAGAAGAAAUGAAGCUAGCUAUUCAAGAAGUUUUAGAUGGGAAAAAAGGUUACAAAUUGGCUAGCAAGAUUUUUAAUGUCCCUCAAACUACCCUCGAGCGCAAAGUCAAUGAAGCAAGAAAAAAUGAGAAUAGUGUACUCAAUGUCAAGGUUUCCUUAGGUCCAAUUAGAACAGUUUUUUCGGAAGAAGAAGAAAUAUUACUGGUGCAGUAUCUCAAGGAAAUGGAAGGAAGGUUAUUUGGUUUGACAACUUGCGAAUUGCAGAAGUUAGCAUAUGAGUUAGCAGUUCGUAAUAAUAAACAACAUAAGUUUAAUGAUAUCAAGAAAAAAGCUGGGAAGGACUGGCUGCGUGGAUUUCUAAAUCGCCAUCCUGACUUGAGUUUGAGAAAGCCGGAAAACACAUCUGCGGCUCGUGCCGCUGGGUUCAAUAAAGUAUCGGUUGGACAAUUUUUCGAACUGCUGGGAAGAUCACUUGACGAAAAAUGUUUCACUCCGGACAGGAUUUAUAACUGUGACGAGACAGGUGUUUCGAUUGUGCCAAAGUCACGGUCCAAAGUAAUUGCAGCAACUGGAAAAAAGCAAGUGGGAGCAUUGACGUCGGCGGAACGAGGCACAACAAUAACGGUGGAAAUUUGCUUUAACGCUGCAGGGACAUAUGUUCCACCAAUGUUUAUUUAUCCCCGAAAACGCAUGAAGCCCGAACUGCUAAAUGGAGCUCCACCGAACUCCUGGUCUGAAUGCUCAGACUCUGGGUGGAUGACAGCCGAAAUUUUCUUAAGAUGGUUUCACAAAUUUGUGAAAUUCACCAACGCUUCUAAAGAAAAUCCAGUUAUGCUCAUUUUAGAUGGUCAUGCUUCCCACACCCAAAGUUUGCAGCUCAUCGACAAAGCACGUGAACAUGGUGUGACAAUACAAUGCUUUCCACCACACACUACGCACAAACUGCAGCCAGCAGAUGUUGGUUUUAUGCGGCCGUUGAGUAUCUUCUAUGAUCAGGCCAUAACAGCUUGGUUAAGAUCAAAUCCUGGGAAAGUAGUGACUCAAUUCCAAGUGGCUGAACUAUUCGGGCAAGCGUUUAUUCGCGCAGCAACAAUGUCCACAGCAAUUAACGCAUUCAAAGCGUGUGGGAUCUCGCCUUAUAACGCACAAAUUUUUACUGAAGAUGAUUUCAUUGCUGCAGAGGCCACCGACAUCCCACUAAACGUUGAAAAAGAACCUGAUGAUGACACUAUUUCAUUUCCAUCGGUAGCAGCAUCACCACGUAAACUGAGCGAAUCAACAACUGCAGCAGCGCCAGUCCUUGAUGUCCAAACGAAUACCUGCACCGCCCCAUGUUCUACAAUAAACACUCAAACUGAACCAUCUGCGGGAACCUCGACUUCAGUACAUCAAGCAAAUUCAUCAUUCCAUCUGGUUAGCCCGAAACAGUUGAUGCCUUAUCCACGAAUGACCGAAAAAAGGCCACGACAAGUACGAAGACGGGGAAAAACAGCUAUUAUUACUUCGUCACCAUAUAAAGCAGAGCUAGAAGAAAGGCAAAAUAGUAAGAAACCAAAGGAAACGAACCAAAAGAAACGGAAAAGAGCAAGUAAAAGAUCUGUCAAUAAAAGAAUCAAGAAGACUGAAGAAGAAACUCAUUCGUCGAAUGAUGAAGAUACAGAAUGUCUGUAUUGUCAUGGCUUAUAUUCCGAAUCUGAUGAAGGAUGGAUCACUUGUCAGAGUUGUGGUAAAUGGGCGCAUUGUGGUUGUGCAGGAGUGGAAGAUGACGAUGCCGAAGCUGUCCAUAUCUGCCCAAUUUGUGAAGAUAUUGACGACUAAUAUAGAAUACUAUUCUAUCCACAACCCAUACCCCAUCUUACCCGAGGGGGUACCCCGUUUUGCCCUAUGGGUGGGGCAAGAUGGGGAGAUAUAUAUUUUAUUUUUGAAGUUGAUUAUUUUAUAAAAGAAGUUUAUUUUUUUUGUUUUGACUGAUUUAAAUGAAUAAAAGAAAGACUGAUUAUGUUCCUAAUAAAUGUUAAGCAUUGUGCAAUCAUAAACAGAUG